CUAAUCUUGAUAGAUAGCUAUAAAUAUAGCGUUGGACUCGCUGACAAUUUUACUAGUACUAGGUUUUGGUCCCAACCUCAGAAAAACCACCAUCUAUGGCGAUUGAAAGAUCCCCUAAACGUGUUUACCAAAGAAAGAAAAAAAGAAACCCGCUACAUCAAAAAACCGAUUCAAAGCCAUUGCCAGAUCUCCCUCAUGAAAUCAUCGUCGAAAUACUCUCGAGACUUCCUGUCAAGACUCUGAUGCGAUUUAGGUGCGUUUGCGAAUCAUGGCGUUCCUUGAUUUCUGAUCCGAAGUUCGCCAAAACCCAUCUCAGUUUAGCAUCUUCGAACACCGAUUAUACCCACCGUAGACUCCUUCUACGCAGUGAUGAUGACCCUCACGAUUUCAAGUCAUGUUCUAUUUUUUCUAUUAUGUAUGAGCGAUGUGAUGCUGCUGUCGGUCUUGAUUUUGGUUUAGAUGGAGUUCGGAUUGUGGGUUCCUGCAACGGAUUGGUGUGCAUGACUUUUGGAUUAAAAACGCUAUUCAUAUGGAACCCGUCUACUAGGAAAUUCAGGAUAUUGCCCGAUAUUGAAGUGCCAUGGUGGAACAGGUGCACAGUGUACCAGCGCUCUAGGUUCCCAGUAUGCGGGUUUGGUUAUGACGAGUCUAUUGAUGAUUACAAAGUCGUGUUAAUUUUUCAGGCUCAAGUGAAUUGGGAAUAUAAGAAUACAGUGGCGGUGUAUACGUCAAGGACUGAUUCUUGGAGGACGAUUGGAGAUUGUCCUCAUCAAGUGAAUGGUUCAGGGAAAUUUGUGAGUGGGGCGCUCCAUUGGAUUGGGCAUGUCGAGAUCAAGGAUAUUAUUGUCUCUUUUGAUUUGGCUAAAGAGACAUAUGGGGAGGUUUCACAACCUGAUUAUAUACACUUUGCUAACCGUUAUUUGACAAUGGAGGUUUUAAGUGGAUGCCUUUGUAUGCUCUGCGACUAUGAUGGGUUAGGUGUUGAACUAUGGGUGAUGAAGGAAUACGGUAUAAGAGAGUCUUGGACCAUGUUGUUUGAUAUUUAUGAUGAUUCGCAUGAAUUAAUCCAUGGUAAGAAUUUAUCGCCAAAGUGCAUUUCGAAGAAUGGCGACGUUUUAAUGGUUGUUACGGGGCGUGAUGUUAAGGGGCAUUUAGUUGGUUACAAUUGGAAAGAUGGAAAAAUUUGGUAUCCAAAGAUUCACCAGUGUUUUCCAUCUUUUAGUGCUUAUCCAUAUAUUGAGAGCCUAGUUUCACCUUGCACUGAUGCUGACAGUGGAGAUUAGUGGCUACAAUAUCAAAGGUAAAUUAGAUGUUUUAUUAUCCGUUACUACACUUUAAUUCCCAACUCUACUCCAACUUAAUGGGUUUUUUUUUUUGUCUGUUUCAACCAUUUUUUCUUAUUACCCUGUGAUG